UUCAAUGUUAUGUUUUUCCCACUCUAGAACAUUUCAUAAUAUAUAUAUAUAUCUUUCUACUCCAUCAGUCGCCAUUUUUGGCUUAACAACUGGUGUCUCUUGAAGGGCUCUUCUGAAGAUUUCCCAUUUCCAUUACUCUUUAAGAUUGUCAGCAUAUCAUUGUCACUCCCUGCUAGUUCAAAGGAAGAAAAGCUCAAAGGAAGAGAAGAAUAUGAAAAUUCAGUGUGAUGUGUGUGAGAAAGCUCCAGCAACUGUGAUUUGUUGUGCGGACGAGGCUGCUUUGUGUGCCAAAUGUGACGUUGAAGUUCAUGCUGCAAACAAGCUUGCAAGUAAGCACCAGAGGCUUCUUCUUCAAUGUCUAUCAAACAAGCUUCCCAGAUGUGAUAUAUGUCAAGAUAAGGCAGCUUUCAUAUUUUGUGUUGAAGACAGAGCACUCUUCUGUCAGAAUUGUGAUGAACCAAUUCAUUCACCUGGCAGCAUUUCCGCGAACCACCAGCGCUUCCUUGCUACUGGUAUCCGAGUGGCCUUGAGUUCUAAUUGCGCCAAGGACAAUGAAAAAAGUCACUUGGAGCCACCAAAGAGGAAUGCACAAGAAGUUUCUGUUGAAACUCCUUCUCAGCAAGUGCCAAGCUUCACGUCCUCUUGGGCUGUUGAUGACUUAUUGGAAUUGACAGGCUUUGAAUCACCUGACAAAAAGGAAUCCCUGCAAUUUGGAGAGCUGGAAUGGAUGGCAGAUGUGGGUCUUUUUGGUGAACAAUUUACUCAGGAAGCCUUGGCUGCAGCUGAAGUCCCUCAGCUUCCAGUAACUCAUCCUAGCAGCAAUGUUGCCUCCUAUAGAACCUCCAAGUCCUACAUGUCUCACAAAAAGCCUAGGAUUGAAGAAGUUGAAGAUGAGGAUGAUGAGUAUUUCACUGUGCCUGAUCUUGGUUGAAGCACAUGGCUAUACAGGCUGCUGCAUGAAAACUGUAUGUUAUUGGGUUGUAUAUUCAUACUUCUCUAAGUACCAUAAUCUAAGAAUUGAAUUUUGUUCACAAGUUGUGUGAAAGUUGGUGAGUAUCAUACCUCAGGUGUUUCAUUGCUAGAUAGCAUAGAAUCUAUACCUUUGGGGAUUAAAUUUUCCUUGUUAUUUGUGGUCAAUGUUUACACUUCAAACACUAGGGGUGCUCACUCCACGAACUUGAGACGGUUAAUUUCAUUUUGUUUGUAUGCAUCCCUAGUCUCUUGAA